CCACCGACUGCACCACGUAUCCAUCUCAACAGCAGCGUCAAAACACGUAGCUGGGCAAGCCGCGCUAGCCGGCACAUAACUACAAAACAAAAACGUACAGCCAGCGCCUCACAGGUGUACACAUGUAUACGUAUACGAUACAAAUAUCAAUACAGAUAGGGAUAAUACAGAUACAAGGACAGAUAACCUACUCACACUUCGACUUCCAUCAGUUUUGGCAAUCGAUGUAAGCGAAGCAGCUACAGCCGCGAAUGAGAGGGAUCGCCGUGCAGAUGCUCAAGUCGAUGAUGCGGAUCGUCCGUUGACAGUCCGGGAGCCGGGCAAACGAGCCAGGCACCGCCUCAUUGAACCCCGUCCAAUAUCGGCAAAAUGCCUGUCAACAAUCGAGAAAAAAGCAAACAUGCUCGCCUCGGCUUCUCCCCGUCUCACAUCUGCAGCGUCUUGGCCGCAAUCGAAUCCAAUGUCAAGCAGUGCCUGCCCGCACCAAUCCACAGGAAUGUUGGCCACUUUUGGGGUCGGAUAGCGCUCUGCAUGCAGCAUUGCCGAGGGAGAGAAUCGAUCAAGGACCACAACAGGUGAGCACAGACAGAAUCAGUGGCGUACGCGCGGCCGCUGCGGUGCACUCCGCGUCUUCAUCGCAAUUCCAAAUCACACGCUCAGCAGCACCACCUGUGGUGGUGCAUGUAGCCCAACACACACGAGCAGAAAAUCGAUCAGCCAAAUGGCGUCACCCCGUCUGCACGUACUGUGCGCUUCUUUGCCCACUGUAGUAGAUUCCGGUCGUCUGCGCCAUCGUGGGAAAAACGUAACGGGCAGCUGCACUCACGCGCGCACACACACCCACGAAAAAGAGAAAGAGAGAGAGACUCUUUGUGGAAGUGUAGCCUCACGCAGAGACAAUCCGCCUCACCUCCCGCCUCCAGCGGCUGACAGUCCGGGUCUGUUUCGGCACAAUCGCCGCGUUCUUCAGGCCGCUGGCAGUGAGCGACACCGGCGAGAGUCACGAGCACAAGCAGCCCAAAGAUCCACACCAUUGGUCACGGGAUGGGGAGUG